GGGUGGGCUUCUCGACGUGAGGUGGAAGGGCGAUGGAAUGCAAAGUCACGCACGGAGAGGGGCAGCAGGGCAUCCCUCCUGCCCAGCGGCCUUGGGUCAUGCAAGAUGUGAUAACGGUGGAUAAAACUCCUGCGAUAGUGAUGCUGGCUCUCUAUCAACAUCAGUUGGCGGAGAUGCUUGAUAUCAUGACCAGUAAAAGUGGAAAUCUCCCGUUGGGGCUCUUGUUGGAGAGCGAAGAGUUCCUCGACGAAUGGGAGACAGACGUGAUAACAAAUUACUCUUCACAAAUUUCACAGCGACGAAACUGCCUUGAAGAGGUGCAGGAGGAAACAGCUAGGCAAGCGUGCUUCUCCAUGUUUGAGAAGCUGCGUACUGCUAUUUCACAAUGUCGUGCGGUCAUUGACGGCGAGGUUAACAAAACACAGCAAGAGAAGGCGACUACUGAAGUCUUCCUCCCACUGAGCAAGCCUAUUGGAGCCGUUGCUACCAAGGAUUCUGUCGGAGUGAAGGCAACUGAGGUACAAGGGGAGAAUCGAUCUGAAGAUAAUAACCACAGUCUCAUGAUGACUAAUUUGCAGGGGGUGAAUCAAUCUGAGGAUGACAAGGAUAGCUUCAUGAGCCCCAUGGUCAUUGGAGACGAGAAAAUACAGUAUGAUUGCAAGCAAUGGCAACUUCAGGAGCAAACGGCGAUCGACACACGGUGCCCCUCUGCAAGACCGGUACAUCAAUUGGGAGAGAACUGCAAGCACAAUGCCUUUCUGCAGCAUGAUCAAGCCAGCGUUGCAAAACAGGAUGAGGUAAUGUGCCAUCUGCUUCCGUCAGCAGGGAUGACACGUACUGCAUGUACUAAAAAUGGGCCAGAGGUUGUGCUAUUGCACCGACACCAGGUGAGAGCGGAGAAGAGUGGGGGGAGGGGUUCAGGAGGGUAGGGUGUCUCCGGCUGGGCUGGCCAGAACUGA